CGGGCAGCGCCCGCGGCCGCGUCCAGCAGCGGCCGAGUCACCUCCAGUACCUGCGGCUCAAAGGUGUGGAUGAACUGAAAACUAUCAAACAAGAACUGAAUUACAGAAUUUCCGUUCAGUCAGCAAAGCUGCUUCGCCUCCUGAAGCAGAAAGACAGACUUGUGCAGAAAGUCCAGAAGAACUGUGACAUUGUCACUGCCUGUUUGCAGGCWGUUUCCCAGAAACGACGGGUUGACACAAAAUUGAAAUUCACUCUUGAGCCAUCUUUAGGUCAGAAUGGUUUUCAGCAGUGGCACGAUGCCCUCAAGGCYGUGGCCAGGUUGCCGACGGGCAUCCCCAAGGAGUGGCGGCGGAAGGUUUGGCUGACCCUGGCUGACCAGUACUUGCACAGCAUAGCCAUCGACUGGGAUAAAACGAUGCGCUUCACGUUCAAUGAAAGAAGCAAUCCUGAUGACGACUCCAUGGGCAUCCAGAUAGUAAAGGACCUUCACCGAACUGGCUGCAGUUCCUACUGUGGCCAGGAGGCAGAGCAAGAUCGAGUGGUGUUGAAGCGAGUGUUGUUGGCUUAUGCCAGGUGGAAUAAAUCUGUUGGCUACUGUCAAGGCUUUAACAUCCUAGCUGCCCUCAUCCUGGAAGUGAUGGAGGGCAACGAAGGGGAUGCCCUGAAAAUCAUGAUUUACCUAAUUGAUAAGGUACUUCCUGAUAGCUAUUUCGUCAAUAAUCUCCGGGCUCUUUCUGUGGAUAUGGCUGUUUUCCGAGAUCUUUUAAGAAUGAAACUUCCCGAACUGUCCCAGCACUUAGAUACCCUGCAAAAAGCUGCUAACAGAGAAAGUGGAGGAGGCUACGAACCCCCUCUUACAAACGUCUUCACAAUGCAGUGGUUUCUGACUCUCUUUGCCACUUGCCUGCCUAACCACACGGUCCUGAAGAUCUGGGAUUCCGUGUUCUUUGAAGGCUCUGAAAUAAUUCUGAGAGUAGCCCUGGCUAUCUGGGCAAAACUGGGAGAGCAAAUCGAGUGUUGUGAAACUGCAGAUGAGUUCUACAGCACCAUGGGCAAGCUGACCCAGGAGAUGCUAGAGGACAGUCUGAUUGACAGCCAUGAGCUCAUGCAGACUGUUUAUUCCAUGGCCCAGUUUCCCUUCCCACAGCUGGCAGAAUUACGGGAGAAAUACACGUACAACAUUACUCCUUUCCCUGCUGCAGUAAAAUCAACCUCCCUUUCCGGGAGGCUUGGCAAAACCCGAGACAGUGAUGAGGAGAACGACCCGGAUGAUGAGGACUCCAUUGCCAAUGCGAUUGGUUGUCUGGGACCAUUAAGUGGGUUUUUGAUACCAGAGCUCCAGAAGUACCAGAAGCAGAUCAAAGAUCAGAAUGAAGAACAAAGUCUGGGCUCCAGCAACAUCGCAGAGCUAAGUCCAGGGGCAAUAGACUCUUGCCGCAGUGAAUACCAUGCUGCUUUUAACAGCAUGAUGAUGGAGCGYAUGACCACGGAUAUCAACGCCCUGAAGAAGCAAUAUUCCAGGAUAAAGAAGAAGCAGCAGCAGCAGGUUCAUCAUGUGUACAUCAGAGCAGACAAAGGACCCGUUACCAGCCUUCUGCCUUCCCAGGUAAACUAUUCGCCGGUGAUAAACCACCUCCUCCUCGGCAAGAAGAUGAAGUCAAGCAACAGGUCUCUCAAGAACGCAGUGAUUCACAUCCCCAGCCAUGCGACGGGGAAGAUGUCUCCCCUAGCCCAGGACGACCUGAAGGCGAAGCUGAACUCCCCGUGGCGCAGCCACAUCCGGGCCCAUCGCAAGAACGUGGCCAGGGCCAAAGGGCCGCCGGGCUGCGGAGAUACCGUCGGACUCAUAGACGAGCAGAGGGAGAGCUCUAAAACUGGCAGCGCUGCGGCCAAGGAGGCGGCUCCUGCGCACGGCGGCGUGGGAGGAGCAGGCGGUUUGGAUGACAGGACUCCCGGGGAAGCCGAGGGCCGGGCGGCGGAGCCCGKCGCCCCGGUGGCGGCGCUGCAGCUGCAGCUGGAGGCGCUGGGCCUGAGCGCCGCCGGCGAGCGCGCGGGCCCUGCGCCCUGCCCCGCACGGCUGCCCGAGGCCGCCGCUGCGCCCGGCCGCGCUGCCAGCGCCGCCCAGGGCCCCCAGCCCGGCACCCCCAAGCCGCAGGUCUUCAACCCCUUUCCCAGCGUCAAGCCUCUGCGCAAGUCCGCCACGGCCAGGAAUCUGGGGCUCUACGGCCCCACGGAGAGAACGCCGACCGUGCACUUCCCGCAGAUGAGUAGGAGYUUCAGUAGGUCUGUCGGUGGCAGCAGUGGGACCAGGAAACGGUGACCUGCCUACGCCUGCCCCUUCCUCCUCCUGCAGCAACAAGAAAGAACCAGAGGGUUGUUCGCUGGGUGGCUGGGUUUCUGUCAUGUACAUGUGUGUGUGUAUGUGUCCCCAGAGAGUUUCCACAUUUAAAAGUAAUGGGGACAGACGUGRUUACCAGGUGUACGAAUAGGUGUCUUUGAAAGUUGUGCUCCCGUGUGGCAUGGGAUAGAUUAGGGAGGAUGCACUCUGGCAGCCUAGUGUAGAUUCUGGUGGUUCUGUGGUAAAAUAAACAUUGGUUUAAAGUGUGAAACAUACUGUCCCUUCAAAUCCAACGCAGGUGGAAAAUUGCCAGCUGCCUUUACCCCUUCAGCCCCUGUGUCUCUGUCACAGCUCUAAGAACAAACUGCCCCAAACCCACCCCAGAGCACUUCUUAGUCUAGGYCUAGGCCUCUCCCCUAGGCUCCUCUGCAAGGAGCCACAACUGAGGGAAGCACAAGCAGUCCCAGCAAGCAAAUACAGCACCCGCAGUGUCACAUAUCAGCGUGCACCUCCGGGGCCACCUGGCUUUGCACAUUCCUGAACAGCAUUCCAUGCUCCCCGUCCCAUGGCAGCCCUGUCCUGACACUGUAGCUUGUAAUACAGCUGUGGGCAGCAAGCACGAGGGUAAUAGAUGUAAGUCUGUCCACAACACUGACUUGCUGCUUUUCUGUUACAUACAGAAAAUGUAAUAAACGCUGGAGAGUUUCAGCCCUGCUAAAUUAGGUAUAUACAUGUAGUUGUUGGAACAUUAUGACACAUCCUGGUUAUCGUGGACUUUAAAAGCUAGUAUCUAGAUUACAGCGAUUUUUAUAAUUAAUUAACAUUUGCCUGCUUGGCAAUAUGUAAAAUAUAUGAAUGUUCUAAAGUAGUUUAGGGGUUUCAAUCCUAUAAAUAGAGUGAUUAGAUACUUAACGURCCACUUGUCAUUAAAAGCCAACAUAUCAGCCACUGUGUAAGUGGAUUGGAGCCACUGGACUGCUGUGGGAUCCAUUACGGGGUUCUGGUUUGUUGUGAAACAAACGUAAGCUGAAUUUCUCCUUCUGACUCAAUCCCUGGUGUUAAAUUCUCAUAACAUUUUCUCAGAAGCCUCUUCUUGUUAUUUUCUCCUUAAAGUCCUUCAAAGCUGGUGAAUAUUGUAAGACUAAUAACAGUUGUUUUGUUUCUAUGUAUAUUAAAACAGGCAGGCAGAGGCAUUAACUGUGGGUAAUUCAACUUCAGGGUCACAAGCUCAAGCACUCAAAUUCCAAAAAUUCAGGUUACUCUUAAAAUACUGCAGCUCUGCCGUGUUGUACAUAUGGACUGUGAUUCAUGACAAAACGGUCAUGACCCUGUUCUGGAGUAAAAGCAGUAAUGAAGAAUCAAUCUCACGAUGUGUAAUAUCUUUCUCUUUUAUCUUCUUUUUUUUUUGUUGUUAAAUUUUAAAAUUAAUAUAUGAUUGUGUAUUUAUUAAUGUCAUAAAAUCUAUAGAAUGUGAUAUCAGUUUUAUCAUAUGCCAUAAAUUAUAAACUGUACAAUAUACCUUGUUUAUUGGUGUGGCAUACUUUUAUUAUUGUGUUUUAUACGAGUGUAUGGAUAUAAAAUAAUAUACAAGUAUGAACAUGAUAAAUUUCAAACAUGUAGAUCAAAUCUUGCCCCUGCUUUAUUUUCAGAUCAAAGUAGUAUUGUCACCAACGAUUAUUUGUAGCAACGAGUAAAUUUAAAAUAAUGUAGAAUUUAGUAACCRAUUAUGGACUUCAUGAGAGUUGUUUCUGCUUAUAUUUAAAGGAAAUGCUCUUUUUCAAAAAUUUCUUUGUGACUCAGUCUCCCUGUUUUUACCUGGCAUUAGUGACUGUGCAGCUG